CGUACGCCCGCCCGCCCUCCCGCGCCGCCGAGGCGCUCCGCCGCGGUCAGCUUCCGCCCGGCCUGCCGCCCGCCAUGCUGACCCCAGGGGCGCUCCGCCGGCCGCUCGUCGCCGCCGCCGCCCGCCUGGCCCGGGCCCGGGCCCGGGCCUGGGCCGGCCCGCAGGUACUCGCAUCCCUUGCUACAGGGCCCAGACAAAAUAACAGCAUUUUCUACGAAAUUCGCACAUAUGAUAUUAAGCCAUCGAAGGUGAAAGAGUUUGUGGAAAUGGUCAACAAGUACCUUCACCUUCGCACAGCUCACUCGGAGCUGGUGGGAUUCUGGUCUGCGGAGCUGGGAGCAAUGAAUAGAUUUGUCCACGUUUGGAAGUACGAUAAUUUUGCCCACAGAACAGCAGUCCGGCAUGCAUUAGCCAAUGACAAGGAUUGGCAGGGAAAAUUCAUCUCCCCAGCUCUCCACCUGAUAGAAAAGCAGCACUCUGAGGCUGCAUAUCUGGUACCCUGGUGUCAACUUGGGAAGCCUCCAAAAGAGGGGGGAAUGUACGAAUGGGUUACUUUCCAGAUGAAGCCUGGUGGGCCAGCUUUGUGGGGUGAAGCGUUUCAAGCUGCGAUCAAUGCUCACAUCAACACAGGGUACACAAAGCUCAUUGGUGUUUUCCACACAGAGUAUGGAUUACUGAACACAGUCCACGUGAUCUGGUGGAACGAGAGCCCAGAUCAUCGGGCAGCAGGAAGGCACAGUGCCCAUGAAGAUGCCAGAGUGGUAGCAGCUGUGCGGGACAGUGUCAGAUUCUUGGAGUCCCAGCAAAAUGUGCUCCUGAUUCCUCUGCCAUGCUCGCCGCUGAAGUAACCUUCUUCUGGAGGAUGUAACUGAUGGCAGAAUGGACAACAUGGAAGUGCUAUUCUACAUCCCCAGGAAAAAGAACGCGAGCUGUAUCACUUACAGCAUGAACCACACUUCACCCAUCUUCUAUUUCAACCCCUCAGUUCUUAAUGAUCUUCUUCAUAGCUAGAUCACUUAUCAAACCUAGUAAGUGAAGUGCUAGUUUCCAGUGUUACAGCUCAGGGCUGGUAUCAUAACGUAUUUCAGUGACUCUUGUGAUUAUCGCAUCUUGGCUAUUGCAUACUGGUUUAAGAAGGAAUGCCCCCACAUAGCUGUUACACAGUUACAUUCUGGGUCACACUUCUCCUUGUGAUUCUUUGUAUUAAUUCUCAGUCAUGUAAAACAUCAGCGUGGCUGGAAUUGCCCCUAGUAGGUGCUGCGGCGAAGCUGUGCAGGUAGAGGGUCCUCAUGAACUCUGCCUGAAGAAGACAUUUACUCGCUAUCUUGUUACAGUUCACUUCAGCUCUUUCCUUUGCUGUUCAGUAAACACUUCCUUAGGACUAUGAAUUACACACGUAAUGCUUUGCCUUAAUUAUUAUUUGUUUAGGGGGCUGACAUUAGAUUAGCCCUUCUUGUUCAACUGUGUCGUCAAACUCAGCUGAGCGACACAUGCUUACAUUCUUUGAAGUACAUGUUGCCGGACUCUUAAAAGCAAAAUAAAUUUGGAUGAAGAAUGAA